UUUAUCUUCACAUGGUGUUCCUGUGUAUGCGCCCAGUUUUCCUCUUUUUAUAAGGACACCAUAAGAAGCUAAGAAGUGCAAAAGAAGAAAAAAAGAAUAAACCAAAGACGCCAGUCAUAUUGGAUUAGGGACCAAUCUAUUUCAGCAUGGCCACAUCUUAACUAAUUAUAUCUCCAAUGACCCUAUUUCCAAAUAAGGUCAUCUUCUGAGCUUCGGAUAAUAAUUCCUGUCUGAUGACACAACUGGAAAUACAAAGUUAGAGAAUACAUCUUAAUGAAGCUUCAAGCAGUUCAUGUAUGGAUGGAAAGCAGAUGACACAGAACUAUUCAACAAUUUUUGCAGAAGGUAACAUUUCACAGCCUGUACUGAUGGAUACAAAUGCUGUGCUUUGUUUCCCUCCUAUCGCAUUAAGAAAUUUGAUCAUAAUAACAUGGGAAAUAAUCCUGAGAGACCAGCCUUCCUGCACAAAAGCCUACAGGAAAGAAACAAAUGAGACCAAGGAAACCAACUGUACUGUUGAGAGAAUAACCUGGGUCUCUAGACCUGAUCAGAAUUCGGACCUUCAGAUUCGUCCGGUGGACACCACUCAUGACGGGUAUUACAGAGGCAUAGUGGUAACACCUGAUGGGAAUUUCCAUCGUGGAUAUCACCUCCAAGUGUUAGUUACACCCGAAGUGACCCUAUUUCAAAGCAGGAAUAGAACUGCAGUAUGCAAGGCAGUUGCAGGGAAGCCAGCUGCCCAGAUCUCCUGGAUCCCAGAGGGAUCUAUUCUUGCCACUAAGCAAGAAUACUGGGGCAAUGGCACAGUGACUGUUAAGAGUACAUGCCACUGGGAGGGCCACAAGUCUACUGUGACCUGCCAUGUCUCCCAUUUGACUGGCAACAAGAGUCUGUCUGUAAAGUUGAAUUCAGGUCUCAGAACCUCAGGAUCUCCAGCGUUGUCCUUACUGAUCAUUCUUUAUGUGAAACUCUCUCUUUUUGUGGUCAUUCUGGUCACCACAGGAUUUGUUUUCUUCCAGAGGAUAAAUCAUGUCAGGUAG